AUGGCGAAGCUUUCCGACCUUCCGCUAGAGCUGGUUCGCCACAUCGCGUCCUUUCUUCGCCCUGACUGGCCCGGCGCAUUGCUUUUGGAUCACGAUGAAGGCUGGGAAUGGGUCUACGACAUUCGAGAAGUCCACAACGCCAACCGAGCAUCUCUACUCAACUUCUCGUACACUUCGAAAGCCUACCACGUUGGCCUUGCGCCCGAGCUAGUGCGUUCGCUUGGGAUCCUUGACCGAACUGGCAGAAACGAGCUUCCAAUGCUGUUCAAGUUGCUUCGCUACUUGCUGCACAAUCCGGCGUCAUCGCCUAGUGCCGUUCGGAAACUAUUCAUUGACCUUUACUCUGACAAACAUACGGGAAGAUCUUCCGGCUUGGACCAUGUCUGUCAACGCGAUAUGGAUCUUCUCAAGGAAGCAGCCCUCUGUUUUGGCAUCAAUAUCUGGAGGGAAACGCUCGCUUGGAACGACGAUAUGGUAGGCUGGAGCAUCGGAGAAGUCUUCAUACAUGUACCACAUUCCCUGAAGGGGUUUCUGGUCGGUCUUAUCAUCCUCAACCUCCCAAACAUCCGAGACCUAAGCAUCGUACUUCCGCCAGCGUCGCACAUGGCUGUGACCCAGCUGCUGCGUCUUGUUCAGAAACGGAGGGCAGUCGACAACGAUAUGCAACCGAUCCUUCACCUCGAAAGCAUUGCGGUCAGAAACUGGAACUUUGACGACAUUCAGCCCAGGGGUUUUGAGACACUAUUCGAUUUCAGACCCCAAGCAUCAAUAUACUUCUGCAACUGCAUUCUAGACGCGCCUCUGCCAUGGGCCCCGAACAUCACGUCGCUGGUAUUCAGAGAUGUCAAGGGCAUUGCGCUGUCGACCGUCUGCCAGCUCAUCAACGAGACCCUGCGUCUGACGAAAUUCAUCUACAUCCAGAAGGUUGAAAGCGAAAACAGUCCUGUGCUUAGCCCCGGUUCAAUGUUCCGGGCGCUGAAGAAGCACGGCUCAAGCCUGAAAACUCUGUGCCUGGGGGUUUUCUUGUGGUACCAAUCAUUCCCCGACCAGACUCCUCCGCCCUACAUCAAUUCAUUUAAGGAGUUCACGGUUCUUGAGCAGAUGUGGAUCAACUGCUCCUGCUUUGGGGACCGUUAUGGUGUUGGUAGCAAAGUCCUUCGAACGAUCCCAACCUCAUUGUGGAGGCUUCAUCUGGCUGGCAGCGUUGAAAUCCUUGAGGACGACAUGUUGCGCUGGGCUGAGAUACUUUCGGGGAAACGCUUUGAUGAAGAGGAUGACGAGGGAUACGACGAGGCAUACGACGAGGCAUACGAAGAGGAAGACGACGAGGAAGACAAUGACGCAGGCGAUGGGGAAGACGACGAGGAAGACAUGAUGGAAGACCUGGAGGAAGACAACAAUGACAAUGACUAUGUCCAUAUUCCAGAGCAUCUAGCUUGGGAUAUCGGCUUGGACAACUUUGACCAUGAGGUUCAUGAAGCUUUUCGGGACAGCAAACGGCUGUCCGACCUCCCACCGGAAAUGAUCCGACAUAUCGGCUCUUUUCUAUGUCCUCAUUGGCCCGGGGAGCUGAUAUUAGAUCAUGGCCGGUACCACGACUGGGUCUGGGACGUCUAUGAGGAGCAGAAUGACAAUUGGGAGUCCCUUUUCAACUUCUCCUAUACUUCGAGGGUCUUCAAACAAAUUCUGACCCCGGUGUGUUUACAAUCAGUUGGUCUUAGCAAUCGAAUUCAUAAUCGAAAUGGCGACAAAGACGUCCGAAAACUAUUCGACUUGCUGCGACUUUUGCUCCACAAUCUGGCAGCGUCGUGCAGCGUCGUUCGGAAGCUGUUGGUCUCGAUGCCUUCGGAAGACUAUCCUUGCGAGUCUUUCGACUUGAGCCGCGUUAGCCACCAACGUGAUAUGCAGCUUCUCGAGGAAGCAGCACGAAGUGUCGGUUUUGAUAUCUGGAAGGAGACAUUCGCAUGCAAAAACGAUGAGGCAAGCGGCAUCAUUGGCGAGAUAUUGACAGCCAAAUCGACCUUUCAACUUCGCUUUCUGAACGGCUUUUUGGUAGGACUUCUCAUCCUCCACCUUUGGAACGUCCGAGAUCUUACCGUCUUAUUCCCCGCGAUAUCGCUGAUGGCGAUGACCAAUCUCCUGCGUCGCGUCCAAAGGCUGAAGGCAAACGGCAACGAAGGAUGUCCCAUUCUCCAUCUUCAUUCAGUUGCCAUCUGUACCUCCUGGAGCUUCAGACAUCAGUGGCCUGGCGGCUUAGAAGCACUCUUUUCACUCCGACCACAAGCAUCGGUAUACCUUCGCGAGUGCCGGCUGGACGCCCCUCUAACGUGGUCAUCGCGAAUUACAUCUCUGGCACUAAGAGACAUGGAGGGCAUGUCGAUGUCGACUCUCACAUCCCUCAUUCUUAAUUGCUCGCGUCUGAAAAGAUUCGUCUACACCCACGACGUGGACGACGGUUCAGAUAUACCGAGUCCUGGUGCAAUCCUUCAGGCGUUGAAGAAGCACGGUUCAAGCCUUGAAGUACUCUGUUUGAACUUUCAUUCCUUUGGAGAUCCACACGACGCACUUCCUUCGCCUUACAUCGACUCCUUCAACGAUUUUCAGAGUCUCGAAGCCCUUUGGAUCAACUGUGCUUGCUUCGGCGACUUGAAGAGCAGUGUGCUUCGGACUAUUCCUACAUCUUUGAACAAGCUACACCUGGCUGGAGAGGUGGGUGUUGUUGCGGAUGACCUGGAGUGGUGGGCCGAGACACUGACCAGCGAGAGUUCGGAAGAGGAGGACAUCGAUCCUCUCGCCGGCUGGGGCUUUUCUUCCGAUGAUGAGAGUGAAGAAAGUGGCUCCCAGGAUGGUAAGGGCGAUUCUCACGACCAAGCUGAGGAUGAAAUGGACAUAGAGGAGGACUUUUCGGAGCAGGAGGAAGAAGACAUGAACGGGGGCGAAGUUGGCGAGAACGAGUUUGAAGAGGACGAGCAUGGACAGGAUCAAAACGACUUGGAAAGUUACGGAGAGGACGUGUGCGAGGAACAACUAUGCGAAGAAGACACCUACACAGAGGAAGAUUCCGAGUAUGAAGCGUACGAAGAGAGCGAGGGCAAACACAAUUGUGAGGACGAGCACCAGGACAAGCGUGAAGACGAGCAAGACAGAGACAACCAGGACGAGAACCAGCAGAACGAAAACGAACAGGCCGACAAUCAGACCGGCAACCAGGAAGACAGCCAGGAAAGCGAAGACGAGACUGACGAGGAUAGCGACAAGGAGAAUGAGGGAGAAGACGAGGUCGACGAGAAACGCCCAAACCGCAUUCACAUCCCAUCAGAGCUGGCUUAUGACGCAGACAUUUACGCGAUCUCCGAUAGGGUGACAGAGGCGUUUCUCAACGACGAACUCAUCGAUUUCCGUGAUUGUGUUGAUUCAGAGCCCGGUCAGUGGUACUCUUGA